AUGGCGGCCCCGGCGCUCGCGCCUCCGCCUCAGCGCCACCCGCGCGCAGUCCCGCGCAUGUGGGGACCGGGAGACAGGGAGGGGGGAGCCCCUCGCGCACCGCCCCGCGCAUGCGCGCACCGUCCUGCACCGCCCCGCGCGCACCGCCCCGCGCGAGGGAAAGGAGAGAGCGAAAGGCCGACCAUGGAGUGCCGCCCACCCCCUUUUCCCCGCGCGCUGGCGCCUCCUGCCGGCCGGAGGAGCCCUGCAGUAGGAGAGCUGAAGCAGUUCUGUGCCCUCUCACGAAAGGGUCUGGAUACCUCCACUGUGGGGCAGGAGAAACAGUGGUCACAGACACCACACUAUUUAAUAUACUUUGAGAGCCACACAUUUUCUGUUGUUGUCACUGUGGACAGAGCAAGCCCCACAGUUCUCUUUAUCUCUCAGUAUCAGGAUCACUACCUCCAUCUUGCUUCACUCCUUAAAAUAUUCCCUUCCUACUCCUCUCUGUUUCCAUACAGCUACCACUCCUUAUCAGCCUCUCCCAGCCAUGCUCCCAGGGGGCUGCAGAUAAGACCAAGACUCUAUCUUCCUCCUCCGCCUUCCCCAUCAGGAACCUUCAAUAACGUGCACUUGCAAGAAGAGCAAAGCAACAACAAGCCCCAGAUACUCCAACACGGACAUCUUCUCACCAGGGCUGCCAGAGCAGCCAUGGCUCCCUGCAGGGGUUCGGCCUCACAUGCCCAACCCCAAGAAACAGACCCCCAGAGCAGCAAUGGCAGUGAUGUUGAUGAUGGUGCUAGUGGCUCCUGCUGGUGGAUGUCACCCCCUCAUAGCCAAGCCCUGCACAGAAAAAUCAUGGAAUCGUUAAGGUUGGGAAAGACCUCUAAGAUCAUCCAGUCCAAUCAUCAGCCCAACACCACCGUGCCUACUAAACCAUGUCCCAAAGUGCUACACCUACAUAUUCUUUGAAUGCCUGCAGGGAUGGUGACUCCACCACUUCCCUGGGCAGCCUGUGCCAAUGCCUUACCACUUUUUCAGUAAAUAUUUUUUUCCUAAUAGCCAAUCUAAACCUCCUCUGGUGCAACUUAUCUUAGAAUCAUAGAGUGGUUUGGAUUGGAAGGGACCAUGAACGUCACCAAGUCCAAAUCCCUCUCCAGGAGCAGGGACACUUGCUCAGAUCAGGUUGCUUAGAGCCCCAUCCAACCUGACCUUGAAUGUUUCCAGAGAUGGG